UGCGGCCAAUUUCUGUUAUAGUAAAGAAAUGGUUAUGUACCAUUUGUGUCAUAUAAAAAACUAAUUGGCAUCCUACAAAGCAUUGCAAAAUGGUUAUGAUCUGGAACACACCGUAAUGACGUUUUUCUCCUUACCAUUGACUUGAAAAGUCAGAACAGGAUGGCUAUGCUUCAAAGCGCUGUUGCGCGACAAGGCGGCGAGCUUGAGCGUGUCCAAGCAAAGAGAAUGGUUGGUGGUGCUGUCAUCGCCAAGCUUGACUUCUCCAAAGCCAGCGGAUUUCCUAAACGUGCGUUGGACCAAGCUGGAUACAAUGGCGUCCGGCCGAGUGACAGUAGUCAGAGUAUCCUCCUUGUUCGAUUGUUCGACCACCGUAAAACAAACUCCUUCGUUGUAUCCGCCACCAUGGACGACAGCAACGGAUCAUAGUAUCUUGUCUGUAUGUCUAUUUCGCUCAACUUGCUCUUGUCUGCGAUAGGAUCAAGCGGUAGUUUCACCAACCUACAAUCAGCAUAAAUGAAGGGAAGAACAAGGAUUUCAAAUUAGUACUUGUAUGCGUUCUUUUCUCUACCACACAGUGUUACUUACAAAUCAGCGAUGCCUUCAACGACGCUAGAUUUAAAAGGACCCAUACUAAUCGCCAGAGUCAAG